CAUAUAUAUUUACAUAUGAACCAGGAAGCCUUGUAAAUAUCGAGUGAAUUGUCCCAACAGCUUAGUGUAACUUUGGUGCUUGUAUGACAAUGUAACACUAAACAUGGACGUUUGUUUUCUCCGCAGUCUCCUUUUUGUUGUUCUGACGACCCAGAUAUUUGGAGACGAUGAUCAGGUGACUUUCGUGUCAGAGCUCUCAUCCAAACCAGCUCAGAAGCUGUCAAAGUACGCUUGGUAUGCCUCUGUGAGGCUGCACAGGUUUCACAUACCGGAGGAUGCUGCCAUUGCUCACUGGCUGUUCUCUGUGACCAAAGGCCACAACUUCCACUGCGGACAGCACAACGUCUCCAUCCAUAUUCGAUGGGGUGCACCUCCAGUUAUAAACCCUCUUGGAUUGGUAUUUCCCAAUGCGACGCAAUGGAGCCCCUGCCUGUCUCUGACUUUGCCAGUGACAUCACACAGCUCCACAACCUUUAACCUUGUCAGUCCUGCUCCUGGUGACUGGUACAUUGCAGCCCACUUGCCUAAAGAUGAUGGACGUAUAGAACAGAAGGGCUUUCCAUCAUGCUCCUACUUCUUCCAGCCUCAGCUUUCCAUUAGGAGAGCAGUGGACACUCCGAUUUUACAGCAGGGCUUCCUUCUCCAGCAGACUGCAGCCCCUGACAAACCUGCACGCCUUAAGUUGUAUGUUCCAGAGUUUGCCUCUUCCCUCCUCGUGUCCGUCGCUAACUGUUCAUCUAGAGAGAAGCCAGACAAUGGAAACUGCUCGCUUGUACUCAGGCUUGGCUCCAGCUCUGUACAGCAGGGCCCAGUGACAGUGAAUUGCUCAGGGAGUAGCUGCUCUGCACCUCUGUUCAACCCACCUUGGGACGUCUGGAUACAAGUUGUUGUUGAGAGCAACCAAGAAAACCAGACUGUAUCUUUCAGUAUUGUCUCAAACUACACAGUGGGUUGUAAACCUACCAGUGUAGGUCUUAAGGCAGACGACGACAUCAGUUUUGGCAACAGCAGCUUUACCACUUCAACGUCCUUAGGGAACGGCUCUGUGGUUAGCAACGCACUCACCAUUGGCAACAAAUCCACAUCAGCGCUGACACCGCUGUUGCCAUCGGCGUGUGUCUGGAGCAUCCCUGUGCUUUACGAGGAGGUGGAUGUUCUGUCGCUCAGGUUCACUGCUGUUAAUGGACCCAAUGUCAGUGUGACAAAUACACACCCCACACUGCUCACCUACCCGCUGCAAGCACAAGCCACUGGUGGUACACUGAACCUACAGCUCUUACUCAACACGACUAAUGUCACCCUGGGUAACAGCAGCAAUAUUGUGGCCUGUCUGUCUCCUUGGGCUCCAGUCCUCAAACUCAACGACUCCCAACCCUGUCGCACAGCUUUGUUUGGAGGAUAUCGUGUCCAAGUAAAUACCAGCUCUCCUAAAGCUAUGGUUAGGCUGCCCUUCCCCCAGUCAGCAACGUGGUACCUUACCCUGCAGAUCACAUGCAACAGCAGUGACUGUGGGAACACAUCUGUGGUGUCUAUCAUACCAGAGGUGUUUGUCAGUGGCUGUGUAGACGACUGUGGCACGUACGGCGAAUGCAGGCUACUGAGAUCCUACACCUACCUGUACGCUGCCUGUGUCUGCAAGGCUGGGUGGAGUGGCUGGGGUUGCACUGAUAAUUCAACAGCUCAGUCAUUUAGUCAUCAGCUGACUGCCACUCUGCUGCUCACACUCAGCAACCUGUGCUUUCUGCCCGCCAUCAUAGUGGCCAUCUAUCGCCUUUACAUAGCUGAGGCAUCCGUCUACCUUUUCACCAUGUUCUUCUCCACGUUCUACCAUGCAUGUGACCAGCCAGGUGUAGCUGUACUAUGCAUCAUGAACUACAAUACUCUACAGUACUGUGACUUCCUCGGCUCGGUUUGUUCCUUCUGGGUCACUAUCCUGUGCAUGGCUCGCAUCAAAGACACAUUCAAAUAUUCUCUAUUCAUGCUCGGGGCUUUGCUUAUUGCCAUGUCAAUGCAACUGGAUCGUGCCGGCUUGUGGAACAUGCUGGGCCCCAUUCUCUGUGGACUCCUGUUUAUGGUUACAACAUGGGUGUACCGAGGGGUACAGCGGCGGCAUUGCUACCCACCUUCUUGGAAGCGCUGGGUCUUGUACCUGAUCCCCGGGGCUAUUUGCGCUCUCACUGGGGUCUGCUUGUACAUUUUUGCCGAGACCGAAGAAAACUACUUCUAUACACAUUCACUCUGGCACAUCCUGGUGGCCAGCUGCGUGGUUUUCAUGCUGCCGCCUAAGGAGAAGAACAUGGAGGCGUCGGGCUGGAGCAGGGGCUGGAGCAUAGGCUGGAGGCCGCGGGUCUGUGGGUAUACUCUGUGUCAGAGCGGAAAGGAUGAACUCUACACUGUCACAUAAUGGGGCAGGAACUGAGGCGAACAAUCAGAGUGACUACGGGGUGGUAGAAAUACAAAGUUCCAAGUCCUAUAUUCUAAUAGGCCUGUAUCAACAAAGACAUUGUCAAACGCACACAGGCACUAAGCGUAACCCAAAUAGACCCCGCUGAGACCUCCAAGGUGGUCCAGUGAAGAAGCUUCAAUUCAAGCAUCGGAACCUUCAGGUAUGAGACCACCUGAGCUCUCUGCUUGUGGCUAGACAUUCUUACGCGUUGUACAUUUUACUAGGUUGGAAAAUGAUUGUUGAAGAAUGACGUGCAAUAAUGCUUUGUGGAAUUCCUUCAAAUAUCUAUUCUCACAAAUACAAAUAUUUAAUAUUUGUAGCCUUUAAGUUUUUUUUCCUAGCACUAACUAACUACUAGCGUCUCUGUUCGUCUGUAUGUGCCUGCACAUUUAUGUCUUUGAAUCACGUGCAGGAGCUUGUGUCCAUCUUUCUACUUUUCAAGUUGCGGCUUAAACUUUUCAAGUUCUUUUCAAGUUGCGGUUUUUACACACUUUUAUUAUAAAGCUGUAAUUAACAUCGCCCAUAUGUGGUAUAAUGGGCACAUUAUGAAUGUAUAUUUGCAUUACAGUGUCGAAUGCCUUUUCUCUUUGUGAAUGAGUGCACCUUAAGUGUAUGAGUGAAGCUGUUCAUGUUUUGUUUUAUAUAAGACAAAGUAAAUGUUUUGUCCGAGUGUGGUGUGGUGCAGGUUUAAUUUGAGCUAAUUCUGUAACUUUUUUGCUUUAAUUAUUGAAAUAUUGUUUUUUAUGUGAAUGUAAGGAGGACUAUGGACUAUGUAGAACUGUAGGACUAUGAAAAGCAAUUCAACCACUAAAAUAUACUUUAGCUGGCAUUUCAUGUUCAGGGAAAGAAAAUGUACCUUCCUUGUAUUUAGGAAUGAUUAAAACCCAAACAGCAUUUAACAAAAUAAAAUAUGCAAAAGGUU